AUGUUUGAUGUAAAUACUAAAGAUAAAUCACCAGAUGAUUUCUUUGCAGAAUCAAUUGCAAGUUUAUUAAACAUUGAAAAAAAAGAAGAUAAUACAGUGGAAAUUGGGAAAUUUAAAGCUAUUAUUACUGAUAUUCAAGAUGAUUUAUUAUCUCAAUUGAUUGAUAAUCCAUCAGUUAUUAAUAUUUUCCCUGAUGUUGAUGUUAAACUAUUUGAUAAUGAUCAUCAAUAUCCAAAAGGUGUUAUUAGAAAGUCUUUAGAAUCUACUGAUUCCUUUUCAAAAUUUGUUAAAAGAGAUGAUAUCACUGUUCAACAAAAUGCACCAAGACAUCUUUCAAGAUUAUCUAAAAGAGAAGGUAUUUGGGAUCAAUCAGGUCCAUAUGAAGAUCAAUACGAUUCUACAGGUGAAGGUGUUACCGCUUAUGUCUUGGAUACAGGUAUUGCCACUACCAAUAGAGAUUUUGAAGGAAGAGCAAAAUUUGGAGUUAGUUAUGUUCUUUUCGGUAUACCAGGUGAUUUUAAUGGUCAUGGAACUCAUGUUGCUGGUAUUAUUGGAUCUAAAACUUAUGGUGUUGCUAAAAAAGUUGAUAUUGUUGAUGUUAAAAUCUUGGGUGCAUUAGGUUCAGGUUCUCUUUCAAGUAUUAUUAGAGGUAUUGAAUGGGCAAAUAAUGAUCGUAAAAAGAAGAAUGUUAAAGCAGUUGCUAAUUUAUCAUUAGGUUCUAGUUUUAAUAAUGCUUUAAAUCAAGCUGUGGAUGCCGCUGUUGAUGAUGGACUUGUUAUUGUUGUUGCUGCUGGUAAUGAAAAUCAAAAUGUAAGUGGAACUUCACCAGCAAGUUCAUCAAAAGCAAUCACUGUAGGUGCAUUAGAUGAUAGAUCUGAUACAAUUGCAUUAUUUUCAAAUUGGGGUCCUUCAGUUGAUAUUUUUGCACCAGGUGUUGCAGUCACUUCAUUAAGUAAUUCUAUAUUUGGUGGUACAAAUACAUUUUCAGGUACUUCACAAGCUUCACCUGUUGUUGCAGGAUUAGUGGCAAUUUUAUUAGGAAAAGGUAUUGAAGUUGCUGAUAUUAAAAAUGAAUUGAUUAGAUUAUCAACCAAGAAUGCUAUUAGUGCUCCAACUUUUGAAAAUAAUGAUGAUUAUUCUGAUACUGUUAAUAGAGUUGCUUAUAAUGGUGUUGUUGAUUCACCUGAUACUAUUGAAAAUCCAUCAACUGCUGAACCAGAUGAAAGUUUACGUCCUAGAACUGGAUGGCCAUUCCAAUCAUCUUUUAAUGGUGCUUAA